UUAAUUCAUUUUUGUAAGAUGUUCUGCUUAGUACUUACUACUUUUGCGAUUUUAAAACUUAGGAGUUCGGAAUAAUUUAUAAUUAAUUGUAAAUGGUUCUUUUAAAAAAAUCGUAACAUCGGCAUGAAUGUUAACACUUUGUUUAUUUCGUUUUUAUUUGAAGUGUCUAAAUGGCGAUUUUAGAGUAAAUGUUCAUAUUUUGUGUUUUUCCCAUACACACUAAGAAGAGCCCUGUUUAAUUUCAAAAGUUACCUUACCUAUAUCUGGCUUUUGAAUGAGAGGAUGAGUGGGUAAGGCUUCAGUGCGUUUGGCGCUCACUUUCACUGGUUCAACACUCACGGGUGCUCCAUUGGCCAGCCGAGAAAUCAUCUAGUGAAAAGGAGUCACCAUCCCCCUCUCCGGCAACGGACUGAUGAAUCGUUCCGGUUAGCGAUUCUGCUUAGUAACCAUCUUAUGAUGUCGGCGUUGGGCUUUUAUGGCCUAUUAAGCUUGCAUGAUGAUAAAAAAUGCCUCCAAUUACUCGAAAUCAGUUGAGAAGAAACUACCAGGCUGAGCCUUACUCUAAGGAUAAUCGACCUGCAGAAAAGCGAGCAGCGUUGUUAGAUCUAGUUGCAAAUAAUGUAAUGAUUGGUGCCAAAAAACACAACACCAGGUCAGAGGUUAAGAAAAUAGACGAGAGAUUAUUUAAAAAUGGUAAUGCAGUAAUUGUUAAAACUGAAAAAACAAAUCAGAUUAUUAGUAAAAUUGAUGUUUCUAAAAAUACAAUUAAAAAGAAACCUGAAGCCUGUUCAAAUUCUAAAGAGGUUCGUCAGUCUUUGGAUAAUUCAAAAAAUAGUACUUUAUAUCAAACCGCUAUCGAAGAAGUACCCGAUUCUAAGCUAUCAAUCAAGUCUGAAGAUUCAUAUUUUUCUGCUGUUGACAGCAGUAAUAGAUGCACAGUCGUCGAUACUAAUAGCUCAGAGUUCUAUGAUUCAACUGUACAGGAACUAAGUGUUAAUUCUAAAGAAAAUGAAGAAAUAUUUGAAAUUGAUCAGUCCAGUUGGAACAACUUUGUGUAUGUAGGAUGUUAUGCCAAAGAUAUUUUCAGAUAUUUAAGAGCACGAGAAGAACAGUUUCUUGUAACUGAUUAUAUUAGUGACCAGAGUGAAUUAACUACAAGACAUCGAGCCAUUGUUGUUAACUGGUUGGUCAAUUUGCAAGAAUGCUUUGGAUUGAAUCAUGAAGUGUUGUAUAUGUCUGUAAAGCUUAUUGACUUGUAUUUAAUGAAGAAUGAUACGGCAAAACAUAAAUUUCAACUCCUUGCUUCUGCUGCAAUAUUAUUAGCUAGCAAAAUUGAUGAAAGAGAACCAGGCUUUCCAUAUGAUCUAGUUAAACAAAGCAAGUAUAUUUUUACGGAAGAAGAAUUGUUUGUCACUGAAAGAGCUCUAUUAAAAGCUUUAAAUUUUGAUAUCCAUGUCCCUAUGUCAUAUUGUUUUUUAAGGCGUUUUGCUAGAUGUAUGCAAGUACCAAUGGUGAUGUUGACUUUAGCAAGGUACAUUUUAGAACGCAGUUUAAUGGAUUACAGUUUUGUGAUGAUCAAAGAAUCUCUUAAAGGUGCAUCUGCAUUGUACUUGGCCUUUAAAAUGUGUUCAAAUCCUGUUAAACAUAAUGAGUUUCUUAAAUACACAGGAUACAAUAUGCAAGACAUCAAAGGUACAGUAAUUGCUUUAAACAAUAUGUUGCACAUAGAUCAUUCAGGGCUGUCUGCUAUAAAACAGAAGUACUCCCACGAGACUUUUUACAAGGUUGCUCGCAAACCAUUACUUAGCAGUUCGAAACUAAAAUUUGACUAAACCAAAAUGACCUAUAUAGCGGUUUAGUUGUUCAUCUUUUAAUAUUUUAAUUGUUUUUAUUUUAUUACUUUUCAUAAUUUUUGUCUCGACGGGUACACCACAUAAUAAGAAACACCUUUUAAAAACUUCACUUGUAAAAUAAUGUUAAAAAAAACAACAAAUUAUAAAACUAUGUAUGUAACUAAUAUUCAUCUAACAUCCUUUUUGUAACAUGAUCCUAAACUAUUUGAAAUGAACAUUGAAACCAUCGUUUAAUAACACGUUGAUAAUGUUUUUCUAGUUUCAUGUCCAAAAUAAUAAUAUUAAAAUUGUACCCGACCUCUCAAUUGUACUUUACUUUUUUUAUAUAUAAUUUUUUUUGUACAUAAAAUAUUCUUGAACUUGUCAUUUUAUAUCUAUAUAGCAUAUUUUUGAAAUAAUGCAGAUGCAUUUAGUAAUAAACAAUACAUCAUGGCUAAAAUUCAUAUUAAGUCAUUGCGAAUAAGAAGUGUGAUCAUUGGCAAGUUUAUCUUUUUCUAUUUCAUUUAUUGUUAUUGUGUCAUAUUGAUAAUCAAUAGCAACUUCACAUUGGUAUUAAUAUUAUUAUUAUUAACGAUAACUAAAUAUUUUUUAUGCAUCUUUUAUUCUUGCGUGUUACUUCAAAAUAUUAUACUAACUGCCAUUAUAUCUAAUAUUAACUAUUACAACUAAUUAAAAUCUGUAUGAAUUCAAUGUUUUUUUGUAUUUUUAAUUUCUUCACUACACAGCUGAUAUU